AUGCAAGAGUAUGUUGGAGGGACUACUGUGAAGUCUGCGACUCGAGUGAGCUAUAGGUCACUGGGAUGGAGAACUGUGAGGUACGAAUCCCAUGUGAGAAAUUCCCUAGGGUCUCAUCCUGGUCACAUCUCGCAAAUUCCGGAUUUCAGCAAAUACUCGCCGACCAAGUUUAUCGCUGAGCUGGCACCAUAUGUUUCUCCCACGCUAUGUGCAUAUCCAUUGCAAUCCAAAUACGUGAAUCAACAACAUUACUAUCAAAAUAAGGGAAUUCUGGAGAAACACUAUCUCUCGAAAAAACCGCAUCCCGUAUCGUUAUCACAGCUAGCCCAGUAUUUCGAUGACUCGAACGCUUUAACCAAACAAAAAAUUGUGAAUAGUGGCCGAUUUGUUCAACAAGAGCUCGUCACUCGUAUCGCCCACAAAAUUCAUCUUCUUCAGACACUUCCGUUCAACGUGGUGAACAAUUUCCAUUUCAGUCAGGUCUACGAAUCGUACUACAACAUUUUCGAGCGGUUCAGACGGUACCCCACAGUCAAAACGGUUUCCGACAACGAUAAGUUUGCCGUGUUUCUACAAGGAAUCUUGUCGGAUUUCAACUCUCUGAAUUUACCACAUCUCAUAAUGGGCGCGCUCGAGAGUCGUAUUCUGGAUUUGUAUCCUCCUCACAAAAUGGACGAGCUUAUUUCGAGUCUUUUAAGAGCACGUAUUUCCAGAAGGCUGAUUGUAGAGGAACAUUUGAGUAUGACUUCCAAUUAUCAAAGCGGGAAGAAGGAGAAUACGUUAGUGUUGGGUGACAUUUUCCAGGAGUGUAGCGCGCAAGAGUUUCUGCUUGGAGCAAAAGCCAUGUGCGAAAAGUUCAUUCAGGACAUGUAUUUCGAAGGCAUCAAACUGCCGAAAUUUGUGAUUGACGGCAAUCUCGAGCUCAAAUUUUAUUUUCUGCCCUUGCAUUUGAAAUAUCUGCUUGGAGAAGUGCUGAGAAAUAGCUACGAGGCCACUAUGAAGGAAUACAUACGUCUGGGGCUUGAUAAUCCAGAACCAAUCACUGUGACGAUAGUCUCAAACGAGCAGUCUUUCAUUUUCCGCAUUUCGGAUCGCGCUGGCGGGAUCCCGCAUGACGAAAAGACCAUAUGGUCCUUUGGCAAAUCCAAGCAGCUUGCAAGCGAAUCUUUAGACAACUUCCACAAGCUUCCGGGUCUCCAAACAAUAUCACUUUAUGACUACAUGUAUGAUGAUGCAAAAAAGCCCACCAGUCAUCCCUACAAGUUCACUUCUCUAGAGCCUGUCAGUGCAUCCAACCUCCCCAGCGGCCACAAAUUUGAAAAACCGCUUUUGGGGCUUUUAGAAAGGUCUUCUCGCUACAAGUUGGGAAUCGGGCUCGCUAUGUGCAAGGUGUAUGCAGAAUACUGGAACGGCGAUUUAACGGUCCAUUCUAUCAAUGGGUACGGUACUGACACUGUUUUGAAGCUCGGAAAUCUCAUGUACCACACAGACAGAUUACAACUAGACAAAGUUUAA